CUCGUCCUCCACCAUCCCGGCGAUCCUCGCGUUCCCUGUAGGAGCUCGGCCUUGAGUCAUACCGAGAUGUAGUUCACAAGGUUGUCCAUACUCAUCUCGUUGCUGACCUGCACUACGACGGACAGCGAGAGUAUGAUGUCCGCCGCGCUCUGAGUUUAUUCGAACAGAGUCGGGUCGAGGUUCAGCCUGCAUAUAUAUGCGUUAGGUCACGCCUGUACGGAUGUCUCACACACUGCCUACCUCGAGCCGCGCCCGUUUGGCCUGCUCCCUUGUCUUGCGCUCCGCGAUCUCCGCCUUCUUCCUGGCUUGCCACUCUGUCUUUUUGGCGGUGCGGAGGACAAGUCGACGUUCGUCUUCCUCUAGAUGACGCUUGAUUCCGCCAGCGAGUAAGUCGCGUGCGUCGGCGCACUUCGCGCGGUGGCGGGUGAGGUAUUUGAAGCCCCGGCCGCAUCCCUCGCAUUGAUGGACCAUGAGAGCAGCAAGUAGGAUGUAGAUCAGUACCAAGAGGCGCACUGGAGACUGCUCUGUGUGUUGCAGAACAGUGCGGCGACGCGAAAAUUCGACAAACGAAUCCCGGUGGACCGUGCGCGGUCACAUGACAGGCGCGACAACACGAUCUGACGCCCAGACACCUCACCGAUCGCGUCACUUACCACAUCGGGUGGGCUUCUUCUGCCCGUCUUCUCUCUAAGCCUCAAAUACUCUGGGAUGGACAACUUUUCCUCCAAUAUUCCUAUCUUGCUUCCAUACCGCUAUCCUCAAGCGUACAGAAGGCCAUCCUCCUCCUCUGAACCAUUUCGGCCCCGUCGUGAAAGUUAGCCCCGGAGACCUUGUUGGGGUCAACAAGGAAUCAUAUCUCCACGUUCCUCCUCGAUACGUUUCCUGCCGAGUUCGACCCGCGUCUGUCCAGCUCAGGCAUCAAGUACUUCUUUAUGGGCGACCAUCACAGGAUAAGGCGUCCCAGGCCCACGUGAGUGAUAUUCCACGGUGAUUGGGGCGCAUAUAGGUACUUCUAUGCGCGCAUAUACCCAACCCUUCGUGCACAGGUACGUUGCAUCCCGCUCGCCCAGCCCGCCUUCAGGCAAAAGGCCUCGAAAGCACAAUCCUCAUCAGGCCGGUCAGGCAUCCUCGCGUGAUCGCCCCCAACCAGACGAUCCGAGGCGCCGUCAAGACCAUCGAGAACCCGCUGCCGGCACCUCGGUGUGGGACGAGCACGCCGAUGCCCGACGUCCACCCCUCUCGAUUCCCUCACGUCCGACCAAAACUUGGGAUAACGAAUGGUAUCCGCCCGAAGGUACAGAGUUGGCCAAAGAUCCAGAGGCCUACCUGUCUUCACCAGAUAGUACCCAACCACGCCCCCGCGAGCCAGCAAGCUGUCCCCACCCUUCCAAUCUCGUGCAGCCUCCCCCUCCCGCGAGCCCGUAGAACGACGUCGCCGCCCAUCCUCCCCGCUCCCGGCCGAGCGCCGCGCUCCUCACCCCUCCGCACAUGACCACCAAAAACGCGUCUCCCCCGACAGGCGCAGCCGUGUUGAACGCGUCGAUACAUCUAAGUCGUACACUUAUGCGCGGUCAAGGCGUCGCCGCCCCCGAUCGGCGUCCAGGUCAUCAAGCCCUGGUUCCUCUCGUUGCUCAUAUUAUAGACGACGUCGCUACGAGUUGUAUUCGACCACCUCAUUGCCCUCCCGCUCCCGUUCAUCAAAGAGAAGCCAGCGUCGCAAGCGCGAACAUGACGAUUCCGUCGAGGAAGAACUGACGUGGAGUCAGUUCAAGCGCCAUAUGAUGCGCGUCCAGAAAAGCUAUGGAGUGUUUUCCCUUGAUCUCAGGGAGAAGGCCUCGCAUCUGGCCAGCCUGCGUGAUCUCGCGCGUUUCCUGCCGCGACAGUACAUGCCUUAUCACAACUUCAACUCUAUGUUCGUUACAGGCAUGAGCAUCUGACAUCUUGGCUCGAUGUCGGAGGCCGAUCGCACCAAGCGGAUCAAGGCCAUUCGCAAACUGUGAGGCGCGUAUUUGGCUCGCGCUCUUCACUACCUGUGUAUCUUCUAGGAAAUCAAAUGACACAAUAUUUCGUAUUCGCCUUUGAGGAUCUCAUCAAGGAGCAUGCAAUUUCUCAAAGUUAUGCCGAGAAGCUCAAUGACCGUCCGCAGGACAUAUUGGCUGUAGCGCGCUUUGUACGUCUCUCUAUAUGCCUAUUUCAGCACCAGACCGUUGGUGGCAAGUCGUACUUGAACGUUGGGGGAAUCCGCUGCUUGGUGUUGCAGUGGCGAGCAGGUCAAUUCCUGUACCUGAUGUAGACAGCAAGCGCGUGGUUGGUGGACUGGAAGGGUUUCUGUGGUAUAGCCGUAUAGGGAACACAACAUCCGUCUUCAUGUUUGCGCCGUUUGCGUUGCGAUUUCUGAUCGAGUCAACCGUGAUCCAUCACUGUACAUUUUGAAACUUCG